AUGGGGCUGAACCAAAGGAUCAAAGCGGAGGUGGGCGAAGGCCGGAAGCGGAAGUGCACGGCGGCAGCGGACGGCGGCGGGUGUGCUGGGACGCGCGGCGCGCUGCGGUGGGAGUGUCUCCGGCCGAUCUGCAGGUGCGGCCCGGCCCCUCGGGAAGGCGGGGAGGGCCGUGCGGGCGCGAGGAGGGGCCGGAGGGCCGUGGACCGCCGCCCGUGCGGCGGCGCCUCCUCCCCGCGGUGGCACCCCGCGCCGGGAUGGGGCCCGCACCACUCGGCCUCGCAGCCGUCACCCCUGACCCCCGGCCCGGCCCCCUGCCCUCGGGAGUCAGUUACCUUCGAGGAUGUGGCGGUGGGGCUCAACCAGGAGUGGGCGAUGCUGGACGGUGCAUGGAAGAACCUGUGCCGAUACGUGAUCCUGGACAAGUGUAGGACCCUGGCCCCCAGGGGAGUGGGUGUUCCACCAUGCAAACCCAGUCUGGGCUCCCAGGUGGGGCCAGAGGAAGAGCUGAGGGCUCCACGGGUGUGGACUGGGAAUCUCAAAUCCAAAGUGUCGACUCCUGUGCAGGAUAUUUUGGAGGAAAAUUCGUCCCAUGGCAUGCAAAUGGGGCUGGGGCUGGACCUGAGGAUGCAGAUCAGGCCCACAAUUGGAGACAGGGGGACACCUUUGGUUCCAGAGGACCACCCGGCUCUCUGGGUGUCACCUCGAUCUUCUGGAUAUACAGGGCUGAAGGCGGCUGUGCAGAUUCAGAGGGUGGCCAUGCCGGUGCCUGCACUGGGUGUUCCAGAGCUGGGGACGGCUGGGGGUUCUGCUCUGCUUGCCCAGGACCCCGCCUGGCUCCGGAAGGAGGGCACAGGGGAUGAAGCUGUGGCUCCGGGGGUACUGAUCACCUGUCCGUGGGAACCAGUCACCUUUGCGGAUGUUGCUGUGUUGUUCACCCCAGAAGAAUGGAUGUUUCUAGACUCUGCCCAGAGGAGUCUGUACAGAGAUGUGAUGCUGGAGAACUAUAGAAACCUGGCCUCCGUGGAACCUCAGCAUCAACCCCAAGAUCGAAUUUCUAACCAAGAUAUUUUUGCAGAGAUUCCAUCCAUUGGCAUGAAAAGGGAGCAACCCCAGACUGGAGAAAAACUCUAUAAAUACAGUGAACUUGGGGAACCCUUUCACGGCACUGAACCACUUUUUCAGUACCAGAGAAUUCACGCUGGCGGCAACCCGUAUGAAUGCCACGAGGGUGGAAAAUCCUUCUUCCAGCCCGCUCACCUAAUCGUGCCUGACAAGAUCUGUCAUGGGGACAAAACCUACGCAUGUAACAAAUGUGAGAAAUCCUUCAGAUACAGCUCCGACCUGAUCAGGCACCAGAAGACUCAUACCACGGAGAAGUGCUUUGAAUGUCAGGAGUGCCGGCAAGCCUUCAAGUACUCCUCGAAUCUGCGGCGCCACCUGAGGACUCACACUGGGGAGAAGCCCUUCGAAUGUGCUCAGUGUGGGAAAACCUUCACAAGGAACUUUAACCUGAUUCUGCACCAGCGAAACCACACAGGCGAGAAGCCCUACGAGUGUAAGGACUGUGGGAAAGCAUUUAAUCAGCCGACCUCUCUGAGGAGCCACCUGAGGACUCACACCGGGGAGAAGCCCUUUGGAUGCAGUCAGUGUGGAAAAGCCUUCAGGGAGCACUCGUCGCUGAAGACACACCUGCGCACUCACACCAGGGAGAAGCCGUAUGCGUGUAACCAGUGUGGGAAGCCCUUCCGGACGAGCACUCAUCUCAACGUCCACAAGAGGAUACACACCGGGGAGAAACUGUAUGAGUGUGCUACUUGUGGGCAGGUCUUGAGUCGCCUCUCAACGCUCAAGAGUCACAUGCGAACUCACACUGGAGAGAAGCCCUAUGUGUGUCAGGAAUGCGGGCGAGCCUUCAGUGAACCUUCAUCCCUCAGGAAACAUGCGAGGACCCACACCGGCAAGAAGCCGUAUGCCUGUCAGGAAUGCGGGCGAGCCUUUGGUCAGUCUUCACACCUUAUCGUGCAUGUGAGAACUCACACUGCGGGGAAACCCUAUGAAUGCAAUCAGUGUGAGAAAGCCUUCAGGCACAGCUCUUCGCUUACUGUGCAUAAAAGGAUUCAUGCCGGGAGAGAGAACGUUAGGAACGGUGGCCUGCCUUUAUCAGUGUCCCAUCCGUAUGGGGGGGCCCCUUGCUGACUGACUUCCAAGUUUUAAAAGUAUACACGUUCUGGGCUAUAAUCAUCUCUCGUAGUACUUGUUUAGCCACGUCACAUGUUUUGAUGUAUAUUUUCAUUUUGGUUGAACUCUAAAUAUUGUCUUAGUUUCUAUUAUCACUUAUUCUUUGGCCUGUGAGUUAUUUGUAAUUAGAUUUUAAAAUAACAGGACAUGGGUAUAUUUUUAUAGAGGUAUAAUUACUUAUAGUGAAAUGCAUAAAUCUUAAGUGUACAGUUGGAAGACUCUGAUGGGUGCAUGCAUAUAUAUAUGUAACCAGCACGCCAUUUAAGAUAUAGAACAUUUCUAUCCUUCUGGAGAGUUCCUGCAUGUAUAUGGGUGUUUUUUUUAAUUUUAUGACUUUCUGUUGUUGGUUUCUAAUUUAAUUACAUUGUGAGCAG